UGUGCCAAGGUCUUUGUGGCUAGGCUGCGCCAACCUGGUAGAGAGCAUGUGCGCACUGAGUUGCCUGCAGAGCAUGCCCAGUGUCAGAUGUCUCCAGAACACUUCAGUUAUGGAAGAUCAAAAUGAAGAUGAGUCCCCAAAGAAAAGUACUCUUUGGCAGAUAAGUAAUGGAACGUCGUCUGUGAUCGUCUCCAGGAAGAGGCCAUCAGAAGGAAACUAUCAAAAGGAAAAAGACUUGUGUAUUAAGUAUUUUGACCAGUGGUCUGAAUCAGAUCAAGUGGAGUUUGUGGAGCACCUCAUUUCCCGAAUGUGUCAUUACCAGCAUGGACAUAUUAACUCUUACCUGAAGCCCAUGCUGCAGCGGGACUUUAUUACUGCUUUACCAGGUAACUAUGCUCGCCCCUGGGAGCCCGCGGCGGAAGGACGCUCAGCCCGCAGGCCUGGGUGGGGUGCAGUCAGUGUUGGUGAAAGGAACACGAGCGCCGUGGGAGGCAGCGUUUCUUUGGGACACAGGCUGUAUUUUAACACCUGGCACCCGGGAAGAGUUGUGCGUUAGCGUCAUGUGGGAGACGUCGGCAGUGUCUGGUGAGCAGUGUUGAUCACUGGCCAGCACCACUGCUGCUUUAGUUUGUCUAAUGAGUUAACGAUAUGCCUUUUAUUGUAUGUAAUGUAUGUAUAGUCUGUACUUUGCCUCUGCGUGUAAUUUUUAAAGACUAUUUUUCUCUGGACUAUGUGUUUGGGAACUGUCUCCCCCCCCCCACACACACACACACACUCACACACUCACUCAUUUAUUCAUUGUGAUUUGUAGGCCACUGGGUCUGGCGCUUGAACCUCAGUAGCUGUGUCGGAGUCUGCCUCAGCCACCAUGCCACACACAGGCACCUGCACGCACCUCUCUCUGGCUA